AUGUGGAUAGUAGAUGAGAAGGCAGUGCAGCAUGUCAAGGCAUUCUUCCCCGAAAUUGCGCUGUUGGGCGAGUUAUGCGCCCAAAACCCGCAUUGGAUAUUUGAUUCGUGCCGAUACAUCUACUCGAAAUUGGCUCAGACCUCUGCAUUGCGCCUCCUAUGGCAGCCCACCCGCGAUACUGCCAGAAGCGUGGCCGUCUACGCGAUGCAUGUCUCACAGAUAUUCGAAGGUCUCCGUAGCAUCGUCGAUGCCAUCUUCUUAGCGAUAUCCUCAGGCGACGGCGCCGCCAUUGAACCGCAAGUCGACAGCAUCGCUGACGCUGCGUCUGUCCUUCUCACGCGCAUAGACGAUGGAUUACACGCCUUCGAUGUCGCCGACGGCAACAUAUUCGAAUAUGUGCAAAUCGUCAACAGGCAAUUCGCUCCCAGCCAGCCCGCCAAGUUCUUCCUACCUGUGGUCGACUUGCGAACGGACGAAGAUAUACUUCGCGAUAACGCGCGCCGCGACAUUCUGCGCGAGCUACGAACCGCGCACACGAGCAUGGUCUCUGUUUCGUCAGUUCUGGAACAGAUCAGAAUAUCCGUCGACUUCAUGAUCAAUCGCUUUUUCGGGAACAAGCUCGCCGACCUACGUCGACUCCCUGAAGACGAACGUCGUCGCGUGUCAAUGGGCAUGCAGCAGAUGAUUUCCUGCCUGGCGUGCGAUGCGAAAACUUGUCGCUCGGCGGUACAGCAUAUCUCGAACCUGGAAGAGGAAUAUUGGAGACUCCUCCAGUCGGAGCUCAAAUCUGCGUCGGAGAUAGAGGAAGACAAAUUGUUUUCGUAA